CCCAAGUCACCAACUCUUGCAGACUUUGCACCCGCGGAACAAAGAAUUUUGGUGGCAGAGAAAACCAAAGAAAGAAACAAAGAAAGGGUAAAACCGUGAAUUUUCAACCAAACCCAGUAACUCUCUUCUUUCUUCCCCUUCCCCAUCGCAUGCUCCUUUUUUUCCUCUCUUAAAAGCUGUCCCCACAGUUUUUCAUGGCAAGAUACUCUCCUCUCUCCCUCUUUUCCCUCCCAAAGUAACCUCGUUUCGGACAAACAAAAAGCAGACACUGAGGUAUAGCCGAGAGAGUGAAAAAAGAGUGAGCUUCAGACAGUGCUAGUGGAUACAGAAACUGUGUAGUGAAAGAAGGUGUGCGAACAUAAAAGUUUUUGGUGAGAGAAAGAGAGAGAUAGAGAUGGUGGGCUCAGGAACAGCAACAGAUAGGAGCAAAGAAGCUAUUGGGAUGAUGGCCCUUCACGAGGCCCUCAGAACUGUGUGUCUCAACUCAGAUUGGACUUACUCUGUCUUCUGGACCAUUCGUCCUCGACCAAGAGUGAGAGGUGGCAAUGGGUGCAAGGUUGGGGAUGAUAACGGCAGCUUGAUGUUGAUGUGGGAAGAUGGGUUUUGCCGAGGAAGGGUUUCAGAUUGUUUGGAAGAGAUUGAUGGAGAGGAUCCUAUCAGGAAAUCUUUCAGCAAAAUGUCGAUUCAGUUAUAUAAUUAUGGAGAAGGGUUGAUGGGAAAGGUUACAUCUGAUAAGUGCCACAAAUGGGUCUUCAAAGAGCCUACGGAGUGUGAGCCUAAUAUGACCAACUACUGGCAAAGCUCCUUUGAUGCUCUACCUCCUGAAUGGAUAGAACAGUUUGAGUCAGGCAUUCAGACAAUCGCUGUGAUUCAAGCUGGGCAUGGCCUUCUGCAGCUUGGUUCUUGCAAGAUUAUUCCUGAAGACCUUCAUUUUGUGCUAAGAAUGAGACACACUUUUGAAUCUCUAGGCUACCAAUCAGGAUUCUACCUCUCACAACUCUUCUCUUCAACUAGGAACACUUCCUCUUCUACCUCCCUUCCUUCAAAACCAUCCACCUUUCCAAUCAGGCCACCCCCUCCAACCCUCAACUGGGGUCAGAGGCCAAUUGGGUCUGCUACUUCAUUGCUACCCUCUCCAACUUUUCAACAUGCAGCCAGAAUGGGGUUCCCACAGGCCAAAGAUGAAACUCAAAUGUUCCUCAUGCCUCAUUCAUCAUCAGAGCAUGUGAGAAUGGGAGACAUGAUGAGGGAGCAUGAGAAUGACAUAAAGUGGCCAAAUGGAUUAUCGAUCUUCAAUGUACUCACUGGAAGAUCUGAUGAUGCUAAACUCUUGUUCAAUCAAGAGAGUGCAAAUCCAACCUCAGUAGUGCAGAAUGCUAGUGUGGCAAACCCGAAUGAGUUCUUGAGCUUGGAUGGCCACUCUGAAGGGACAAGGAAAGUGGACAAGUUCAAGAGGUGCUUCACUCUACCUGCCAAAGUGGUUUCAUCUUCAUCCUCUACUUCUAUGGAUCACCAUCAUCAACAAGCAAGUGAGGAGUAUAGGAAUUCAGGUGGCAUGUACCAGGAUGUCAUGGAGACCUUUUUGGAGUGAGUUAAUAAGGUAAGUUGUGUUUGGGAAAUGAAGAUGAGAAGUUGUAUUUAGGCAUAGUUAUCGUGUUCCUUAAUUUUCGUGUUUCAAGCUUCUUCACUUUGUAUCCAGUGUUUUUCUUAUCUGUUAGACUUCUUGAUUAAUGACAAUUUCUUUCUA